AUGGCUCCCGCCUCCGCCACCUCGCAGAAACCCAACGACAAGGCCAAGAAACAGACCUCCCAAGCUUCCAGCACCCCCAAGGCUGAAUCGGAGAGUCCCGUCUGUGAGACAGAUAGCAAUGAACCUACUUACUUGAAGGAGCUGCAAAAGAGCCUGCGCAAUGCGCUCAAGAAGCUGAAUGCGACCUCCAAGAUCGACGUCAUCAUCGCCGAGAACCACGGCAAAUCCCUGGACGACCUCGUGGCCGAGAAGAAGAUCAAUGCGGACCAGAAAGCCCAAGCCAUGAAGAAGCCCGCUCUCCAGGCAUCCAUUGCACAGAUUGAGGAGCAAAUUGGUAACUACAAGCAGUUCGCUGCACAAUACGAGGCGCGCCUGGAGAGCCAGAAGGCUGCUCUGGAGAAGGCUCACCAAGAGGAGCUGGAGGCCGUGCGUGCUAAUGCUAUCGCUGAUGCUACGGAGACCUCGUCGCGCGUUCUGCGCGAGCAAUUGCUCACUUUGACCAAGUUCCUGUGCGCUGCGGCCAAUAUGCGCCAUGCGGGCGAGGCCGAGUCUCUUGAGAGCCGUGCUUUUGAGGGCGUGCUCUUCCAGGUCUACGGUGGUAACAAGAAGGCUGUCGAUUCAAUGGUGAAGCUGGUUGAUGGUGCCGAUGAGAAGGUGGUUGGUGUUGAAGGUGAGGCCCUGGAGUUGAGCUGUAAGUAUUGUGUCGCCACGUCCUGCAUGCCUUCUCCAAAUCCUCAUACUAAUAUUUACUUCUUUUUAGACGGUGACGUGAAGCUCGCAUCCAACAAGUUUGCGCCUGCGGAGGAGACUCCCGAAGUGACUAUCGAAUCCGCCGCUGUCUCCGACCCUACAGUGGCCAAUGCUGGCCUGACCGAGCUCCAGGAUCCCUCUGUCAGCGACGAGUUGGCUGCCUCCGAGGCCGCCAAUGCCACUCCUCAAGCCGGUCAGGUUGCACCUCCCUCGCAGACCUUGAUUUCCGAUGCUGCGAACCAGGUGGCCGAGACGACCUAUAACCCCACUUCCAUGGAGUCUUCUGCCACCACUGAUGGCUGGGUGGAGGUUCCUCGUGACCCUGCCGAAACUGAGACUGGUCUCCAAGCUACUCCUGCCGACGUGAACAACAACACUGUCGCUACCGAGGGUACCGCAACCGGAGCCAAGGGACAGAAUGGUGGCCAGAAUGGCCGUGGCCGGGGUCACCGCCGCCCUCGUGGCGGUGACGGCUCUCGUGGACGCGGGGGCGGCCGAGGUGAAUUCCGUGGCCGUGGACGUGGAGGUCGCGGUGGUCGAGGCCGUGGUGGAUCCAACGGAUCUCCAGCUGCGACUCCCUCCCCCGAGAGCCAGGGCGCCGUCCAGUGGUAA